GUCGCUCUGUGAUCUGUGUGAGUCGAGUGUCUCUCUUCUCUCUUGGCGAUGGUGAAAUGGCUCUGAUCAUCCUCCUCUCCUUCUGUCUGAUUCUGGAAGUUCAUCCUCAACAUGUCUCUCAGCCUCAGCUGGUGGUCUCUUCUACAGAGAGAGGUUCAGUACAGCUGGACUGUAAGACUCCGUAUGCUGGAGUGUCUCAGUGUUUUUUCUAUCCAGAGAGAGAUGAUAAAAAUGUAAAACUCUCUCCAUCCUGUCAGCUCUCACUCACUGGCUCUGAACUGACCAGGUGGACAGGACGCAGUUACAGUUCACCUGAACCAGUCAGUGUUAUUUGUUACUACACUGUGAGUGAAUCAGGACUUUAUAAACCUUCUCCUCGCUCUCUACCAGCUACAGUCACAGUCCUGGAUAAGAAACCAAAAAUAGCUGUCCGUUAUGACAGUCAGUAUGAAGAGUUCACAGCUGUGUGUGAAAUACCGCUGUCAGGGUCAGUAAGAGCUGAUUUUAGAUGUAAUCUCUACACUGGACACCUGCUGUACCUAAAGGGAGAAUCUAAAAGAGGGAACUCUGGGAAGUGGAGUUGUGUUUUUACAGCAUCUAAAACUGACCUGUUGAAUCGUCUGCAGUCAGUAAAGAGCAGAGGAGUGAGCUGUGAUUAUUCACUAAACUCUGACCCGUCCGCCCGCUCUCCAAUGAGUCACACAUAUGAUAUAUUAAAUUUGCUCCCUACACCAGCACAGCCGUCCAUAACAGGAGAGAAAUCUGCUGCAGCUUCUUUAGUUUCCUCUGCACGUCUGAUCACCACAACAGACCCCAAAACUACUACUGAGACAGUUUCACCCACUUCUGCAGCAACUCAAACUACCAGGCACUAUGAUGAUUACAGAUCAUCAGAUGUGAAGACUUCCACAGUCAGGAGAGUAACAUCAGAUAAUACAUCAGUAAAACAUCCCAGCACAGAGACCCAAGUUCACCAUCCAGAAAGUUCACUGCUCAUCAUUGUCCUGUCAGUCACUGGUACCAGCGUCUUACUGGCUGGAGUGAUGAUCGUCUUUCCCUGCAGGUUUAUCAAGAAGCAGAGGACUGACAGACUUAAAGUCAACUCAGCCAGAGGAGAUCAGGGAGACAUGAUGGCCGUGCUGAGUGUGGAGGAAUUCGGUCCAGGAGCUGCUGGAACCUACUCAGUGUUUACCUCAGUGACCGCACCUUACCAGCCAUCAGGUGCUGAUCAGACAGUUUACACAGUGGUGAUCUACAGUCUGUCCACCCAAAAACAGAAACCCUUCAGCUUCUUCUGAAAGAUGGAUGACGCACAGAAAACUGGUCCUUUACAGGGGAACUCCACCACUUUUCCAAAAUCGCAUA